ACCACCAUCGCCACCAACUAGUCGCAAUGUCGACAACCGUGUCGCAGAACUACAACGUCGAUGUCUCAGCCUCGUUCACCGUAGAACCUAACACUUCUUUAACUCCCAACGUCUCCAUCCACCUAAAAGUCACGUCAACUUAUGUUCCAGACGCCACACUUUCUCCGGACAAGUCCAACCCUACACCGGGAUCCUUCCUCAAUAGAGCGAACCAGAUCGAAACCUCACGCGCAGAGAAAUCUUUACUCAUUCCAGGCCGUUCUUUACUGUUUUAUAAUAAUGGUUCUUUCUUCGGCAAGAUGAUCUCGGAUAUGAACAUACCCUUUUCUUUGGAUAAUCUUCAAUGGAAAACAAGUCCAGGACUUGCCUCGAUUUCUUUAGCCAAUGAAGAUGACCUUAUCAUGCAGAUCGUCAGUUAUGUUCGUUCCGUGGCGAUCGAAUAUGCGACUUCUGAUCAGAGGAACAAGCUGAGGUUUCUCCUGAGUAUCGAAAAGAAAAUCGUAAUAUCACAUCAAGAAUUUCAGGUAAUGGCUUAUGAAAGAGAGAGGGAAUUAGCAGUUCGACGGUUUGAGGCAAAUAUCAAUCGGAUGCUUCAGCAACUGGGGUUUCUUAACAGGAGAGCGAUAAGGGAAUCAUUAGAACAAGCAGAGUCCAAGCAAAUUCCGGCAUCUCAGUCAUCGAUUGAGGCUUUAGAGGAGGUGAUGCAUGAUGGGGACGAUCAUACAACAAAAUGCACAAUCUGUUUGGAAGAUCUGGCGAUUGGCUCUCGAGUAACUCGUAUGCCAUGCAAUCACAAGUUUCAUAAGACCUGCAUUCUGACUUGGUUGGGUACCGCCCAUGUUUGUCCGUUGUGUCGUUCCAAAUUGCCAACUAUGUAACGGAAUGCCUUCCUUUUUUAUGAGCUUUCUAGGUUCUAAUUUUUGUAAUAUGUAUACUAUUUUAUACUACUAUCUAACUAGACCCGAAAAUAAACUGAAUAAAUAUA